CUAUUUAAUUUUGCAACUGUCAUCUUUUAACUUGUAACUCUCCCUCUCUGUUUCUUCAUAUAAUCCACAUCCCGAUUCAAAAAUUCCCCAGCAGCGUUUCAGGUUUUUUUCGAAGAUGAAAAUUCGAUGGCCAUUGUCUAUUGCCUUCUUUUCAACGCUGUUAAUUUUACACGGUGAAGCCAAAACUACUGAUCCUUACAAGGUUCUUGGCGUGGAGAAAAACGCCAGUCAAAGAGAGAUUCAAAAGGCUUUCCACAAGCUUUCCCUUCAGUACCACCCCGACAAGAACAAAAGUAAAAGCGCACAAGAGAAGUUUGCUGAGAUCAACAACGCAUAUGACAUUUUAUCGGAUGAGCAGAAGAGAAAAAAUUAUGAUAUGUAUGGUGAUGAAAAAGGUGACCCAGGAUUUGAUGCUGGGCACCCUGGGGAUCAUGGUGGACAUACUUUCUUCACUAGCGGCGGACCUGGACAAAGUGGGUUUACAUCAGGACCAGGUGGAUGGCAGCACAUGGAUGGGCAGGGAAGUUCCCAGAGUUUCUCAUUUUCCUUCAGUGACCCUGGUGGAUCACGCUCUUUUAGCGGCCAUGGUGGUGGACCAGGUUCCUUUGGUUUUGAUGUUGACGACAUUUUCUCAGGCUUCUUUGGGGGUGGUAUGAAAGAUCAAUUUGGCGGUUUCGGAAGUUCAAGCAGGUCUCAAUAUCAGUCUGGGAGUUCAUCUCACUCUCAACCUAGGAGUUCACCUAAGAGCAUUAGAGCAAUAAAUUCUGAGAUCUUCAGGAAAGAGAUAGCUGACCAAGGGAUGACUUGGCUUUUGUUAUUUUAUACACCUUCAUUGCAGGGGAAACAAUAUUUUGAAUCUAUCAUAGAUGAGGUGGCCAGUUUAUUACCAGGAGCAAUAAAGGUUGGGAACAUAAAUUGUGAAACUGAGUUGUCUUUAUGUAAAGAACUGGCCGCACGUCCAGGGAGAGCUCCAAGGUUGUUUGUUUACUCGUACAAAGGAAGUGAGAAGGGCUCUCUUGAAGAAUACAAGGGUGAUUUAAUGGCUAAGAAUGUCAAGUCAUUUUGCCAAGAUCAUUUACCUAGGUUUUCAAAAAGAAUAAGCUUAAAGCAUUUUGACUUGUCUAAUAGUAAUGUAGAUAAACACCCUAGGGUGAUGCUUCUUUCUACCAAAAAGGAUACACCGGUAAUCUGGCGUGUUCUCAGUGGAUUGUAUUACAAAAGAUUCACUUUCUAUGAUGCAGAGGUUCACGAUGUUUCUGAUCCAGUUGUGAAGAAGUUAGGUGUCAAUGAACUUCCUGCUAUAAUUGGGUGGCUGUCCAAUGGAGAGAAGCACAUUCUGAAAUCUGGUAUUUCUGUAAAGGAUUUGAAGUCUGCCAUCAAAGAUCUCAGUUCGAUGCUUGAUAGUUUCGAGAAGAAGACUAAGAAGGUAGCUAGUGAAAAACAGACGGGUUCCAAGGAGGGACAGUUACCUUUGUUGACAGCAUCAAACUUUGAUGCUCUUUGUGGGGAUAAAACUCCUGUCUGUAUUAUUGGUGCAUUCCGAUCGACCAGAGCUAGGGAUAAGCUAGAGUCCCUUUUAUCCAAGGUUUCUCAGAAAUCCCUAUCAAGGAGACAGAAUGCGGUAUCGGGUUCUAGGGAUUCUGUGUCCUAUGUCCUCUUAGAUGCUACGAAGCAACAAUCAUUUUUAGGUGCACUCGACAAACCUGGAUUUAAAUCAAUGGAUAAUUUCCUGGUGGCGUAUAAACCUCGGAAGGGGAAGUUUGCUGCAUUUACAGGUGAAAUGAGCAUCGAAGAGGUAGAGAGGUUCGUUAGCGCCGUUCUUAAUGGAGAUGUACAAUUCACCAAGACAAGGCAGAAGCCAGUUCUCAAGUGAACCAGUCGAUCAUUAAGAAUUCAGUUCUGGUUCCCGAACACCAUGUACAGUGUGUAAAGAUUUCACACCUACACUAUGUGAACACACCUUGGCUCCAACAUGCCCACCUUGAGUGUGGGGUGUUCUUUCAUUAUACACAAUCUCUGACAAACUUGCAUAAUGCAAGGGGUGAUGACACACACGGGACAUUUUUGUCGCAUUUCUUGUAGAGUAAUAUAUCAUUUAACAUGCUAUUGUACUUGGGCAAUAACAAUUUACAAUAUGGAAAAAGAAAAUCAAUAUUUUACUU